AUGCGUCCACCGCGGAAGAAGGUCAAUUUCCGCCACGGCGACAAGGUCGAGGUCUGCAGCAACGAGGAGGGUUUCUUCGGCUCCUACUACCUCGCCACUGUCGUCUCGCGCCUCGACAACGGCCUCUACGUCGUACGCUACGACACGCUGCUCGAGGAGGACGGCUCCCAGCCCCUCACGGAGACCCUCUUCCCCAAAGAACUCCGCCCCAAGCCGCCGCGCCUCGACUCCUCCUCCUCCUCCUCGUUCAAGCUCUACCAGCGCGUCGACGCCUUCGACAACGACGGCUGGUGGGUCGGCGAGAUCACCGGCAAGGCCGACAAACACCACUACUAUGUUUAUUUCUCCACCACCCACGAAGAGAUCGCGUACCCUUCCUCCGCAAUUAGGGUUCACCAGGAGUGGCUCAACGGCGAAUGGGUUCGCUCCAAUUGA